AGAAGACCAAUCAUCCUCUCGCGCGAAAGAUACAACCCGAACCCACUGCCAUGUCUACAACCGAUAGGCGACGACCCUGCAAACCUCGAGCGUCAAGGUAGUGUUCGUCCGUCGGUCCUCUUCGUCGGAGGCGGCAGCCGAGCAGCCGGCGGCCACAAAAAAAGGAAAAAAGAAAACAAAAUGAAGCGGAAGAAGUGGAAGGAGGAGGAGGAGGCGACGCUGAUCCGGGAGUACUCGGGGCUUCUGUCGGUGGGUGUCCUGGCGAAGCUACGCACCCGGGAGAAGAAGUUCCAGCCCAUCGCGGACCGCGUGAACACCCUCCACCACCACCGCGACCCCGUCGCCUUCCCCUUCCGCUGGUCCUGGCGCGACGUCUCCAUCAAGAUCCAGAACAUGCGCCACCAGUACCUCAACGUCAAGCACAAGCUCCUCCACCUACCUCCCCCCUCCUCUUCCUCCUCCGCCUCCGCCUCCGCUGCUGGCUUCGAUUGGGACCAGGGUGUCCACCUCUGGCCCAACUUCCUCCUCUACAAGAAAGUCUUCGGCGACCUCGACCUCGAGCCCCCCAAGAACUCCUCCGCCGUCUCCUCCGACGACGACGAAGAGGAGGAUUUGGAGGAGCCCGAAUUGGGCGCCGAGGACGAGGAAAAAGAGGACGGAGAACAGAUUCAUAACGCCGGCGGGCAAGAGGAUUUCAAGGGUUUCGAGGACGCCGGGGAGAACCCGGAGCAGGAGGACGAGGAGGUAGGGGUAGGGUUAGGGUUGGGGCAGGAGCGGUGUCGCGGCGGCGGCGGUAGGUUGGGAGUUAUCGGGUCGAGAGUGGCGGGCCUGGGGGAGAUUGCGAUGAGGAGGGAGGAGCGGAGGAGGGAGCGGGAGGCGGCGAGGGAGGCGGAGGACUUGGAGAGAAGGCGGCGGCGGCGGCGGGCGAGGGAGCAACGGAGGGAGGCGGACGCGGCGGAGGAGGAGGAGGAGGAGAGGAGGAGAGAGCGGCGGUGGAGGAGGAGGAUGGAGGAGAGGAGGGACGAGGAGGAGAUGGAGUGGAGGGAGAGGCUGCUGGGGAUGCAGAUGGAGCACGAGAAGCAGGUGAUGCAGAUGCAUGCUGAUGCCUGCCAGUCCCAGAUGCAGAUGAUUGGCAUAUUGAUCCGGCUAGUAUGCCAAUUCCUUGGUGCCGGAGCCGGUGGGAGUGACGGCGGGCUUGGGGGGAUGCCGCCCCCAGUGAUGCAGCAGCAGCAGCAGCAACAGCAGCAGCAGUCACCGGAGAGCCUAGUGGGGAAUAAUGGGAAGAACGGCGAUCAUUCCGGCGGGCAUUAUCUCUAGAUGAUUCUGUAUUCUCUCUCCUGCUGGAUCUCUGUUACUAGGAAGAACAAACUUUAAGAUCUAAAUUUAUCUGAAGAAGAAGAUUUCACAAUAAGUUUGAAGGCCAAACUUCUCACUAAGUCAUGUUGAACUACAAAUUCAUUUAGCAUUUAUUUCAUCUCAAGUACUCUUCUUCCAGGAAUCUUAAAGCUGGUUAAUAAGGAGCUAGUUUCAGGCACAUCAAAGUGGAUCUCAAUGGCUGGAAUAUUUAUAUAUCACCUCAACACUAUUAGGUUAUCCCUGUUCUCACACAAAGUACUAUGUAAUUUGCUGUUUCAUUUGCACAGGCCCUAGAAAAACUUAUGAACCAUUUUGGAUGUGAUACUACUAGUGGUUGGAGAGUUGAUACUUGGGAACACGAUUGGCUCCAAAUUUUUCCUCCCAAUCGUUAGGCUUUCUGGAUGCGUGGAUCUACCAUUGCCUUUUAUAUGGUAUUACCUUCUUUGUGACCCAAUGGAGUUUGGAAAUAUGCUCUCAAAGAUAUUAUUUCCUUGCUAAUCUUGCUAAUAUCACUAUUAAAGCACCUAAGAUUACCCUAGCCUUCUACAAAUGUUACUAAGCUAACUUUAUCUUCCAGCCUAUUGUACUCAUUAAUUUCUAGAGCGAGCAGUAUUUCAAAUCCUCACAUUGCACAGGGCAUAUAAUUAGUUUUAGGAUAUUUGGCAUGGGUGAUUAUAUCUUGAAGUUGCAUUGAACCCAUGAAGGGAAAGCAUAUGGCAGAAUAGGUCAAUUUGGGUCGGUUGCGUUCGCGCCAAGUCAGUCUCUACUAGUAAGAUCAAUUCCAACCUGACCCGAUUCAACUAGAGGUCCCACUCGGCUUACCUGAAUGCACUGGUGGCUUAGGGGGCUAUCGAGACCCAACCUAGGGAACAGGGGAAGAUGAGGAAAGAAAGGAAGAGGAAAGGGAUGAUGGUGUUGCCAGCAUGAAGUUGGGUGCUGGUGGCAGGACAGCCAUUGGGGGUGAAGAAUGUUUCUACCAGCAAGACUUUACCGUCGGUAAAUUUCGGCCAUUCUAAUAUUGUGAUCCUAAAACAUGAGUGGUGUCACACUAUUUGGGAUGAAUCUCUUUGCAUCUACACUUAGUGUAUAUUUUAAUCUUUAUAACCUGAUACCAGCUGCUUCAUCUCUUAUGCAAUGCUGUGCGCUCCUAGUCUUUAUGUGGAUUGUGAUCAUUGGAGUUGAUCACUUCUCCCAAGCUAGGCUCUGAAUUCUAAUCCAAUAUGCAGCACACAUAAACCAUACUUUCUCAAGUUCAACUGGUUCCCUUGUUCAUCUUACAAUUCUUCUCACUUUUCAUGACAUUAAGAGUCUCCUACUGUUGUGAAUGAUAUUUUUGAAGUGCCCUCAGGAGGCCAUAAGCUUAAGAAUGAAUUAUAUUGAGAAUACUAGAAUUGCAACCAUUAUCGAAUACAAUGAACUACUUGUGGACGUCGUUGUUCAAAUGCUAACAAAUUAUUUUGAUGCUUUUCAUUCAUAAGUUUUUGAAUGGUUUUAUGCAUUUAAACAGACUACUAAACACUUAAGGUGGUAAGAAAGAUUUAUAUAUAAUUGUAAAACUAAGCUAUUUUGUGUAAGAUAAUAAUAGAUAUUUUAAACUAAACAACACCAUUACUUGAUUAUCUAAUCUUUAUCGGCUCUAACAUUCUUACCUACUUUACUAUAAGGAUAUAAUAGCCACAAAUACCCCCUGUGAUAUAUCUACUGAUAAUUGUGGUUUGAUUCGUCCUGACUUCCUCAAUCUCCUUGCCAAUUUAGUCCAUAUUUUAAAAGAAUUUGCAACAGAGCUCAAAUGUUGUAUUCUUAUUGACUAUUAAUGAAAACUUCAUCUUUACUGUU